AUGGUGCACAUCGCUGCUGUCUGCCACGGGGGGGCUGGAAGCUCCUUUGAUGUAGACCGUGGCAGGGCCCCGAACUGCGAAGGCUCCCCUAUGAACUCCUCAGAGGCCGCCGCCGAUGCAUGCCCAGCACCGACGGGCUGCCAGGUCAGAGGCUGCGAAAGUGGGGAGCGACAGAGCUGCGGCACUCACUCGGCGGAAGCGUCUCAGGGCCGUGAACGAGGGGAAGGCCCCGUCGCGACGGGAGACGAGGGCGUCUCCAGCGAUACGCAGGAGGAGGAUCCUGCCUUGUGGACGUGGCUAAACGAGCGGCUGUGUCUUUGCUACGUGUCGAUCCUUCAGCAGCACCCUCCCGGGAAAGCUGUGACUGCGUUCGCGAAUGCAAACAAGACGGCAUCUGCGGGGGAGGAGGGAACGGGCGAGCCCCACUGCGAGCGUGGCGGUUCGCCUCUGCCGUCGGUCCUCUCGGCCUCCUCGCGCUCUCCGUUGAGUUUUUUCGUCUCCUCUUCCUCGCCUCCGCCGUUCGACCGGCCGUUUCCGGCGCGGUCUGCGGAAACGGAGCACACAGCCACGGGCAGGCACUGGGCGGGGCGCGGCGCCGUGGCGGCAGCGGCCGUCCCUCCCGAAGUGACGCUGCGCUGGCUGAGCAGUCUCCCGCCGUGCCGCAGACAGAACAUCUUGCAGGUUCUGCGGAAGAUGAAAGAAGAAGAGGAAGCGGCGCUGUGGGGCGAGACAGACGACGAAGAGGAACUCGACGACGCGACAGCGAGUUCCUACGAAGGGCAACGCCCAGCAGCUGACGAAGCAGGGGGGGACAGCGGCCCGCCGCCCGGGGACGAAGCGAGUUCAGACGCCGGUGGUGCGCGAGGUUCCAGUGAAUCCGGCAAGAUUAGUUCGCAGCACAAACGAAGGCGCCUUGAAGAAGCGGGCGGUCAUGACCAGGGUGGCAUGAGCGAUACUGGCAGAGACGCAGAAACCGCGGAUGUCUUGAGUGGACAGAAGGAGGAAACUAUGUCGCGCCGGGCACUGGUUGGAGAUGAAGCGCCUGGAGUGCGUUCUGUUGCUCGGUUUAAUACCUUGUCAGGUCCGCAUACGAAUAUUUCACUCUCCUCUCGAUCUUUCUUCCUCUUUCCACCCGAGUCGUCCGCCCUGAGCAGUUGUGUGCUGGCGGCGCACUCGUCGUUGUCUCCGUGGUCCUCGGAGUCUGUCUUUCUGCCCGCUGGCUGUGGGGGCACUUGGCCGGGGGCCGCGGGCGUCUGGGAGCAAGCAGGGGUCAAGCCGGCGUUUCAGUUGGGUGAGUUGGUCAUGCACAGCUGGCAGGGGCGUUUCCAGCUCGCGAUCGUGUUGGAGAGAAGAAUUUUUUUCGCUCAGGCUCCACAAGGCAGUCUGGGGGGGAGGCGCGGCGCAGACGCGGCGUCGCAGCAGCAGGAGCAUGCAUGCUUCGAGGCGAUGGCGGACGUGCUUGUGUCUCCCGUCGCGCUGAAGGAGGAGAAGGAGCGACAGAGGCGGGGCAAGAGGAGGAGGAAAGAGGACGGGCGCCGGCGGGGGGAAGACGGGGACGAUGAUCUGCGGAGGAAAGGACAGGAGGCGUGGGGUACGGUCGACGAUUCGGACGCGGAAAGCGACAGCAGCGACGACGACACCUUCUUCCGCGCGGCCCCUGAAGGUGGCAGCCACACAGACUCCGACGAGAGUGCCUCGAGCGCGUCGCCUUCGUCUGGGCGCGGAGCCGCCUGCCGACUGCGCAAAAAGUUUGAAGUCAUCUACCGAGUUGUCUGUCUGGGCUACAACAAGAUAGCCACGAGGAAGAGCUUCGGCGAGUGGACUCGCGAGAGCCGCUUGAUGGUGGUUGACGGCGUUGACGUUCUCCGCAAAUGCCGCGCACACAACGAGCGAGCGAUUCGAGACGUCAAGGAGGCGGGCCUGAACGCCUGGCAGGUCCAGGCGGAGGCCGUCCCGUCGCAGCGCUUCGGCGGCCUCUCCAGCGUCUCUGUCUCCAAGGCCCAGCCCAAGGAGGCCGUCGAGAGCGAAGGCGCGCAGGCGGAGAGGAACGCCAGAGAGGGCAGCGCAGGCGGAGCGCGCGGCAGAGGGAGAGGACGAAGGGGCGCGCGGUUCGCCAGAGGGGGGAGGGGGUCUCGGGGCGGCAGCCGAGAAGGCGGCUCGCCCAGGGAGGAGGAGGCAGCGAGCGGCGACCCUGGAGCUGAGGCGCCCCGGGGAGGGACCGCGCGAGGCAGGGGCAGGGGAAGGGCCGCACGGAGCCCCGCGGCGCCGCGGCGGCCGUCGGAGAACGCAGGCGAUGACGAGAGUGAGGCAGGGGACCGCGACGAGUCGACGGAAUGGGAGCGCGAAGCUGCGGAAAGCAUGCACAAGCAUGCGGCGGCAAGAAAUUGCGACGACAAGGGCAGAGAGAGGCAAGCGAAGGCUGAGCGCUUGAGACGGAAACUGUUCGAUGACAUGGAGCAGCUGAAGAAGGCAGAAGAAAGUCGAAGGCAAGAAGAGGUCUCCCCCGACAGGGAAGAUGGGUGUGCCCGCCAGAGCGGAAAGCGAGCGGAGGGCGGCAAGGCGGUGGAAAGGAAACCGGUCGAGAUUCAUCCUCUGUGGAAGCUUCCGCGCUGGCUGGCCGCCCGUUUGAACCAGAACCGCUCUCUCAUUCUCCUGCGGUCAUUUCCGAUGAUGCCACACGAGCUCCGAGCUGCAAGAGUUGACAGCAGUGCUGGUGCGAGUACCGGGCGGCGUGGCUCUUUGCCCGCGUCGGAGUCUCCGCCGCCGUUGGGAGAACUGACGGUCGCGGAGUUGCAGGAGAGGUUUGAGCGAGCCCUUUUCGCGUUCAUCAGAGAGAAGAAGCGUCGCGAAGAAGAGAAGACCGCGGAGCCGAGACGCCCUGCAGGAGUGGCUGGAAGCAGCAUGAGUACAUCUAUUCCAUGUGUGAUCAAAGCGGAUGGCGUGUCUCCAGGGGUGGGCGCGACAGCGAACUCCCCUUCCUCAUUUCAUACAUCACUAUCCGCAUCCUCCGCUGCAUCGCCUUGCCCGUCGGCUUCUCAAGCUCGCAACGACAAGCGCACAGACUGCGCCGUUCAUCGGGGCGAAACCAAGUUGUCUUGCGACUCCGCCACAGAAGUAGAAGGGACAACGCAUAACCAGACGCAGGGCGUGGAGAAUGCUUCGUUUGAAGGUGAACAAGGGGUGGAACACAAAAGUGUGCAGGGGCCACAGGCCGCCUCAGCGAGUCAGCAGCUCUCGACGCAGUCUACAAGAGGCGGAGAGAGCGUCCUGUCUACGUCGGGCUCGCCGAGCGUUGCAGUGAAUGAGAAGACUGAAAGGGGUGCCCCGGGUCCUGCAGACGUAGAAGGCUCCACUGGCGAUGCAGCUGUGUCGGGCAUCGCCGAAGCCGUGACGGAGAAGGAGGGGGCAGAGGGACGUGAAGAGACCAGCUGCUCCGGAGUCCGCGGCUCCGGACCGGUCUCGUCGCCCGCUUCGUCUCUGCCAGCCGGUGAUUCGGGUUCAGACGCAAAGGCGUCUCAGGACUCUUCCGCCUCUCGCGUCGAGCAAGAAGUAGCGCAGAGUCCGGUUAUCGGAGCAUCUGUCUCCCCUUCAUCAUCUUCAGCGUCCUCUCUGGCCCCGCUGCCGACGUCCGCGCCACCGCCUGGCGCAGCGAGCGGGCGCUGGGCGGCGUCUGGUUCCUACACUUCGUCCUCUCCGGCGGCGUCCACUACGACUCCGUCGGACUCUGCUUCGUCUUCUCUUCCCCCGCCUUCUCCGCCUGCGUCUUCGGGUUCAGCCCCCCCUGCGUGUGUGUUGUGUCCCUCGGCGUCCGAUCUGUCGUCGGCUGGUUCUCCACUGUCCCUUUCUUUGGCAGCGUCUCCGCUGCCGCUGGCUUCUCCUUCUUCCCCCGCGUCUUGCCGCGGCGUCGGCUCGCCCUGUCCCUCGGAGAUCUCUCGAGGGUCGUGGGACGCGGGCGUCGAGGCGGAGUGUGCCUUCUUCAGUUCCCAGUUCGCGCACCUUUCGGCUGCAGACGCCCAGGCUCUGUGGGGUCCGCUGACGGGUGUGGUGGCUUUUCAAGUCGACUGGCUAGAUAAACACUUUCUUGCGCUUGCGUGUCACACCGAGGAGGAAGCGGCGGACCUCCGAGAUCAUCAGCGGAGGCAACAGUCUCGCCGCCUCUCAGAAAUCGUCGGUCUGGAGCAUUGGGCUCGGUGUCUCCAUCCUGCGACGAUGGCGCGACACCACCUGGGGCCCGUCCUCGAGAGGCUUCCUCUGCCUCUUCAAAAGCAGUUUGUUCGCCUCAUGCAGUUGACUGUCCACUAUCUCACUCAUCUGUGGAAACGAAAGAUCGAAGAGAGCAGCAGAAAAGGGGUAAAAUGA